AUGUACAGAGAAGCUGUUGGUUGGGCGUUUACAGCUCUUUUGAUAUCCAGUUCUCUGGUAGGUACGUUUUCGUACCCAAAUGUUCAAAUCAACUCCAAGCCAGUAGCGUCAGUAGCAGCGGCCGAAUCGCAACCGGGGCUUCGUAAUUUUUAUCCCGUUAAAGGACCCAGGGACGUACUUCAAUUACAAAGAGCCGAGAGAAAAUAUGCAGAAAAACCAAACGCUAUUAAAAAAGUUGCUUUAGAUCGAUUAGACGAUGUAGAAACAAAUUCCAUAGCGGAAAGUAGCGACAAUUCCAUCACCAACGGCGGAGGAUUUUCCUGGUCGAACUUAUUAGGAAUGGUGAUGCAAAUGAUUUUUAGUCCAGGCGGUAAUCAAGGACCAAAUAAAUCCGACGAUUUAGACACCCCCGUCCAGCCAUCCCCAUGGGCGAAUUUACUUUCUGUCGGCUUAAAAAUUUUAACUGCCAUUUUAGGAGGUGGCAACACCGGCGAUGGAAUCGAUAAAGUUGAUAACGGAAAUUCACCACUACAGGGUGUUCUGGCGGCCGUAGUAUCAGCUGUUGUGGGAGACAGAGAUCCUGAUCAAGUUAAUAAGAUUGCUAGGCAGGCUGGUGAGUUUAUAAACAUAGUGGUGAACCUUCUGGACGCAUUAAAAACAUCUUUUUCACAUCGUUCAUUACAAGCAAGGAGCGUGGGUAAAAAGGAUUCGAUCAGCGAUGCCGCUACGGCCAGUCUUGCUAUGAUGAAAGGUUACAUGAGAUCCUUAUCAACUGGAGAUACUAAAUGUAUGGAAAGAUACGUUUGUCAAGCAAACAGCGAAUGUUCAAAAGAUAUUGGACAAAGUUCUUUGUACUGUCAUCUAGGAAGCUACGCUAUUAGUUAUGUUAUGGAAAAAUCGUUGGGAUCAUCGUUUGACGUUUUCUACGAAGCUGGAAGACGGGGUCGUUACGGAGACAAUUGCCGCGAAAAAUAUUUAGAAUGUAACGAAGUAUAAAAAUCAGAAAAAAAAACAGGACUUUAUUAAUUUAUUCUUAUUGAAUUUUUAAAAUUCGUCCAAUUUAGUAAAAGUUAGGUUAAGAAAUUGGAUUGAAUUUUUAUUGUGUCAAAUAGGACUAGAUUAAAUUUAUUAAGUUUUUACGAAAAAAAAUUGGAAAAUGACAAAACCAAAGUCGUAUAAAAUGGGCUCUUAUCGAAUUAUUUCUUUAAAAUGUUUAUCUGAUGGUGAAAAAGCCCCUUUAUCCAAGUAAAAUGCUGGAUUUAUCGCUAGAUUAAAAAAUAAAUAUAUCAAUUAAGCAAUAUUUAUAAUAGGUUUUACAGCAAUGAUUUUAAAUCAUGAAACACUGAAAUUCAAAUUUAAGAUUAAUCAAAAUACAAAAAAAAAACGAAGUACCCCAACAGUCCUUGGGAAGAGAUAUUAACAAUCAAAACAAGAAUUUUCAACAAAAUCAUCUUCAUAAUAGUUGGCAACAUUGUAACCGCCAUACUUCGAAAUACAAAUCAGAUCCUGGUCAUUAGUAAUGACGUCAUGAAUUAACUUUUCAUGGUUUUAAAAGGAUGGAGAUGUUUGUUAUUAUAACAAUUAGUCAUUUUUGAGACAUAAUUUGUCUCAUAGCGAUUUUAUUCAAUAAGAAAUUUCAACAAUUAACGAUAAUUACUCGGUUAUCUAUGGUUACUACGUCACACUUUUGGACUGCACAAAAUGGCGUCGAAAUGAUAAUUUCCCAGAUGGAAGAGACAAUAAACGUUUACAUGCGCGAACGUACUAAUGUCGUAAGCUGCCAUUUUAAUUUUAUCCAUCUAAAUUGCUGUAUAACCAAUUAUGACGCAUUAUUUAUAUAAUCUAGUGAGUUUUUUAUACGUAUUUUGUAUAGUAUUUAUUUUAGCAAUGUAAUAACUAUUUACAUAAUUUUUUUUCGUUUUAUUUUCUUUUAGAAAAGGAAUAUGACUGGACGUAGAUGCGGUUUCUAUUUUGAGCCGCUCUAAUCUUAUUUAUUGUAUGAGAAAAAUGAAUGUGUGAGUUAAGAAAGGAUUUCAGUGUGAAUGAUGGUAAUUUAUAUAAUGAUAGAAUUAGUUUUUAUUUGUAAAAAAUUGCUCUAAUUAUGUGUUGUUGCAAAAGUAGGUUUAUUUAUUUUCUAAAUAUAUACUAUUUAUUUUUA